GUGGGGGCGUGUCUCCCAUGAGGCUGUGCGCGACUCCUCACCCCUGACCUCCCUCUUUUCGGCCGCUCCGCGGGACGAGACGCAGAAUGGCUCCCCGGAAGGGAAAGGAGAAGAAGGAGGAGCAGGUGAUCAGCCUGGGACCACAGGUGGCUGAGGGCGAGAAUGUCUUUGGCGUCUGCCAUAUCUUCGCUUCGUUCAACGAUACGUUUGUCCACGUGACAGACCUGUCUGGCAAGGAGACCAUUUGCCGCGUCACCGGUGGCAUGAAGGUGAAGGCAGACAGAGACGAGAGCUCGCCGUACGCCGCCAUGCUGGCAGCCCAGGACGUGUCCCAGAGGUGCAAGGAGCUGGGCAUCACCGCUCUCCACAUAAAACUCCGUGCUACUGGAGGCAACAGGACCAAGACCCCUGGACCUGGGGCACAGUCGGCUUUGAGAGCUCUUGCUCGAUCUGGAAUGAAGAUUGGACGGAUCGAGGAUGUGACUCCCAUCCCGUCAGACAGCACACGCAGGAAGGGGGGCCGCCGUGGUCGCCGUUUGUAGAGGUUUUCUAUCUGCAGCAGUAUAACUAAUAAAAGAGUUCUGCUGAU